ACACGAGUAUCUUAUUUUCAGUUCAAGUUUGCAGGUUUGCUGUUUAUCUUAUAUUUGAUGUGCAAGAUCCUUGAAGAUUUAAGUGUUGGGAUUACGCAAAAUCUGAUGUUUAGUGGAUUUGUUCAUAAUUUUCAUUCAGGUUUUUAUCCCCUUUGGGUUGAACCAGAAUCUCCUUUUGCUCAUUCCUAAAAGAUUAGUGUUAAGAACAUUUUUGAUGCAUUCAUUUAUGUAUUAGUCAUUUCGAAGAUUAUCGUUAGACUUAUGGUUAUUCUCAAAAAAAUUAUUUCUCCUUUUCAAGCGGCUUCAGAAAAUUAUUAAUAAUUUGGUUAUCGCCCAUUAAAUCUUAGAUUUUCUAAGUGAUAAGGGUAAAAGGAGUUAGAUGGCGCUCAAAUUUGGUAUGUCCCAAGUGUAUGGUAGGUUAGGAUGGGGUUAUUUUAGGGUUUGCGCAACAUUGGUUUGAAAUGGUUAGCUAUUUGCUUUCCACAGUUUCUUAUUCAAUCAAGCUUCAAGCAAGUAGCCUUGGUUUUUUAUGACCAUCGAAGCGUAUACGUCAAGGGUGUCCUCUUAGUCCAUGUCUUUUUAGCCUAGCAAUGGAGGAUCUCUCUAGGUUGCUUCAAGUUCAACGUCAUCUAAAUAUGUUUAAAGGUAUUACCCACUUUCUUUUGUUGAUGAUAUCCUGAUUUUCUGUAGAGCAACUAAAGAAGGAUGCCUUGCCCAUUCAAACUAUUAUUGAUCUUUUGGGAAAACGACCAAAUUUUUCCAAAAGCAGUGUUCUUGGCAAGAGGCUUGGUAUGUCGUUGGUGUAUUUGGAUAUGUGUCUAUCUCUCUCCUCUUUCUUUUGAAAAAGACCCAUAUGCCCCUCUUAUUCUAGCCCUCCCAUUAGUAUCAAAGGCCAUAUCCAAACAUUCCUUGAUCGGAUACAAUACCCCUAAACGAAUGCGGAUGCAAAUUCAAUUCGGAUUUUCGACGAUCCAUUUAAUCUAUGACUUGUGUAUUUAGGGCCUUCCUCCCUUCAAUGAAUAAAAUUUGAUCUAACUCCAUCUUUCUAACUUGGCUUAGUUUUUUCCCUCAUUCUCUAGAAUUUGUCUAAAUUUUGAGGACCCUCAAAAUCAUUGAUUGAUUAUCUAAAUAAUUCAAGUUUAAAUCCAAAUACCAUUUGACUGAAUACGACGUACAAACCUCUUAAGCGAGUGUUUCAGUAUUAACAGGACCAAUCGUCCCACUCUCCAGUGUGGUUCUUUUCCGGUCACCAAACAUUGACCAUCGGAUUCAGGAUAAUCAAGUCAACGUCAAGGAAAUUACAGGCUGAAAUCUCAUCCAGGUCGACAGUCUACGUGAACCCAUCUAUACUGAACCAUUCCGUCACUUCUUCUCUUCACCUUCUCCACUGCUCUUCCAUGGCCUCGAAGUCAUCAACAAUCAAUGGAUCACAGGCUCUGGGAAGGAUUCGAGUGCUCAAGGAGUCAAAACCUUCCGGACAAAACCUGGGUCCUGUAAUCUACUGGAUGUUCAGGGACCAAAGGCUUAGAGACAACUGGGCAUUGAUCCACGCCAUUGAUCAAGCGAACAAGUCCAACGUUCCCGUAGCAGUGGCCUUCAACCUGUUUGACCAGUUCUUAGGCGCCAAAGCUCGACAACUUGGGUUCAUGUUAAGAGGCUUGCGCCAGCUUCAACGCAAUCUCGACGAAACCUUAGGAAUCCCAUUCUUCUUGUUUCAGGGGGAAGCAGUGGAGACUAUUCCUGAUUUUGUGCGAGAAUGUGGAGCUUCUCUUGUGGUCACGGACUUCUCGCCUCUUCGCCAAGUUCGGAAAUGGAAAGAGGAAAUGUGCAAGAGGGUGGAUGAUUCGGUGGCCGUACACGAAGUGGAUGCUCACAAUGUAGUACCCAUUUGGGUCGCAUCGCAGAAAUUGGAGUAUAGUGCCAAGACAAUAAGGAGCAAGAUUCAUAAACUGCUUCCUGAGUAUCUGGUUGAUUUCCCCACACUACAGUCACCGACUAGAAAAUGGGUUUCUGCGAAUCAAGUAGUUGGUUGGGAGGACCUCAUUGCAGAUGUUUUGAGGAAGGGGGCCGAGGUACCAGAACUGGAAUGGUGUGUUUCAGGGGAAGAUGCCGCCUUGGAAGUGCUCCUUGGAAGCAAAAAUGGGUUCUUGACAACAAGGUUGAAGAACUAUGCCACUGAUAGGAAUAUUCCUUUGAAGCCGAAGGGACUCUCUGGUCUCUCACCUUACCUGCAUUUUGGGCAGAUAUCAGCACAAAGGUGUGCUUUGGAGGCCCGAACCUUCAGGAAGCUACAUCCUCAGUCUGUGGAUGCAUUCUUGGAGGAGUUGAUUGUGCGAAGGGAACUUGCUGAUAACUACUGUUAUUAUCAGCCUCAGUACGACUCCCUAGAGGGUGCAUGGCAAUGGGCUCGUAACACUUUGGCAGAGCAUGCUGCUGAUAAGAGAGAGCAUGUUUAUACAAAGGAGCAAUUGGAGAUGGCUAAAACUGCUGACCCUCUGUGGAAUGCUUCUCAACUGGAGAUGGUUCAUCAUGGAAAGAUGCAUGGUUUCAUGAGGAUGUAUUGGGCAAAGAGGAUUCUUGAAUGGACAACUGGACCAGCUGAAGCUCUUUCAGUUGCGAUAUAUUUAAACGACAAGUAUGAAAUAGAUGGGAGGGAUCCAAGUGGAUACGUUGGUUGCAUGUGGUCUAUUUGUGGAGUUCAUGACCAGGGUUGGAAAGAGCGACCGAUAUUUGGGAAAAUACGCUACAUGAAUUAUGCAGGCUGCAAAAGGAAAUUUGAUGUCGAUGGCUACAUUGCAUAUGUUAAAAAGUUAGUUGGCGAAACUAAGAAGAGGAAGGCAGAAAGCUUGGCAAGUAUACCUGCUGCAAAGGAGCCUCGGAGUUCAAAGUUGGAAUCCUAAAGUGGAUUUGAAACAAAGAUCCCUAACUGCAUGCUAAAAAUCAACCACAAAUUAAGUAAUACGGCAGGUCUUUUGGAUAGAGUUUGUGAGAACUAAGAAGCUCUCCUGGAAUCAUUGCAUACAGGCUAUUGGUAUCUAGUUUCUCCUUUUCCUUAAGCUAGUUCUGUUAACCAAGUGCAAUCGUUGCGUUUUAUUUGAGAAGGUUUGAAUUAUGGUUCUUUAAAUUCAUCACUGAUACCAAAUGUAGAAUUAGCAGUUGCUUAAGCAGACACUUACCUAAAUGAAAUUUACUCCAUAUACUAAUGUAAAUUCAUUUAACUGUGAAA